AGCAGGACGGGUGGCGGGCUGUGUACCUCCGCGGUCGAGCAAAUGUGUUUUCUAUUGGACGGGGAUAUUUAUAUUUAGCGUGUAUUCACUCACCUCAAAUUUUGAAUUUUGAAGAAGACGUGGGAUAUCAUGGUCGACUUCCCAGAUUGCACGGAUAUGUGUGGUACACUAACUCUAGAGAGAGCUAGCGAGCGGUAUUUUUAUUUUAAGCUGUAUUGUGGCGAGUGCUUUUGAGGCUAUAGUUUGAACCGUUGUGUUUCAUUCCGAUAUAGCGAGUUAAGUGGUGAGGAUGUGAUCAUCAGUACAUUAAUGAGCAGGUUUCGUACAUAUACGACUAUUUUACUAACUAUGAUGUGACGAUGUUAUGUUUAAUUUUAAUGGCUGCUCGCAACAAACCUGGAUAAAAUAAUGCAAUAACAAGGGCGAUCUCUGAAGGACGUGCUGUAUUUGAUCAACAAGAAAGCGAAGGGACAAGAAAGUAUGGAGGGGUUCCGUGCUGUGCCUGCCACUCUGGAUUGCAGUUUCCCAUUUAACAAAAGGACACUAACGCCGACUUGGUGAAAACAUACUGUAGAACCGAGAUCCUCAAUAAUUGUUGCUUAAUACAGUAACUGUUAGAUGUAGAUUUCCAACGUAGAAAGCAAACAUUGGGUAGCUGUUCUCCGCUGACGUUAGCUAUUAUGAAAAUGUAGUCGACGACAGUUCAAGGACUUAUUAAUAUUGGCAAAUUACGAACUAGAAGGACCGAGUGGACGUGACGAACACCCUUUAGCUGUCUUUCUAAUGCGAAUUAAUGUUGGUAUUGUUUUGUGAGUGCAGAGAUAAAAUGGAAGAAUUAUUUAAACAAACAAGGUGUCUUACAAAAUCAGUGGAUUUCUGUAACGUUACUUAUUGGCCGUAAGUAAAUAUAUUUAGCUGGCUAGCUGAUUAAUGGCUUAUUCCAAGACAAGUUCUGGUUCAUCAUGACAGAGAUGUGAAAGAGCCAGAUAAGGAAGCUAUUGCCUAAGUUACUGUUUGUAAACAUUUUUAAUUAAUAUAACACUGUCUAGUAGUACAGUACUUUUAGUGCUUACUCGGUGUAAUUAGCUGUUGUUUUUGUGAUUAUAAUCAUCGUAUUUUCUAACUUAGUCCAAUUUAUAGGACAUUUUGACUUGCUAUUAUUUUCUGCAGUUAACACUGGUGUUGUGGUCUUUCCUCUGAACAUAUGUAAAGGAACAAGCUACAUAAAAGUGUUUAUUAAUCCCAGACUAUUCAAUUGUUUCUGGACUCCGCGAAUCGUGCAAAGGAGAACACCUCUUUCGGUCGAUGCACCUCAGGGUUUCUGAGCCCAUGAGAGAGUGCGAGUACAGUCAGAUUAGUACGCACAGCUCCUCGCCGAUGGAGACCCCGCACAAGAAAAGGAUCCCCGCGAGGAAGUGGCAAGCCUUCCCCGGCCGGAAUAAAUUUUACUGCAAUGGGAGGAUCAUGAUGGCAAAGCAGACUGGUGUCUUCUACCUCACAUUGGUCCUCAUCGUGGUUACCAGCGGGCUUUUCUUCGCUUUCGAUUGUCCCUUCCUGGCGUCCAACCUCACCCCGGCCAUUCCCGCCGUGGGAGGCGUCCUGUUCGUCUUCGUGAUGGGCAUGCUGUUCAGGGCCAGCUUCACCGAUCCCGGAGUUCUGCCCCGAGCCACGCCCGAUGAGGCCGCGGAUCUGGAGAGGCAGAUAGACGCAGACAACGGCCCCAUUUCGGGGGGCUACCGCCCUCCCCCCAGGACCAAAGAGGUUGUCAUCAAUGGCCAGACGGUGAAGCUGAAGUACUGCUUCACUUGCAAGAUCUUCAGACCGCCGCGAGCUUCGCACUGCAGCCUGUGUGACAACUGUGUGGAGCGAUUCGAUCACCACUGUCCCUGGGUGGGAAACUGCGUGGGGAAGAGGAACUACCGCUUCUUCUACCUCUUCAUCCUCUCGCUGUCCUUCCUCACCAUCUUCAUCUUCGCCUUUGUCAUCACGCACGUCAUCUUGAGGUCCCACCGGACUGGCUUUCUCAGCGCUCUGAAAGACAGUCCUGCCAGUGUGCUGGAGGUGGUGGUGUGUUUCUUCUCCGUCUGGUCCAUAGUGGGUCUCUCGGGGUUUCACACCUACUUAAUCAGCUCAAACCAGACAACAAACGAAGAUAUUAAGGGAACGUGGUCAACAAAACGAGGGAAGGACAACUACAACCCCUACAGCUACGGGAGCAUCAUCACCAACUGCUGCUCGGCCCUGUGUGGGCCCGUCCCUCCGAGCCUCAUCGACAGGAGGGGCUUCGUCCAGCCCGACACGCCCCAACCAGCCCCCCACACCAAUGGGAGCACCGUCUACGGGUCCACCCAGUCUCAGAGUCACAUGUGCGACCAAGACCAAUGCAUUCAGAGCACCAAAUUCGUUUUGCAGGCCGCGGCCACGCCCCUGCUCCACAGCGAGCCGGCCUCCCUGAGCGGGGAGCCCCCCCUGCCCGGCAGGACGUCACUGGGGGGCCACUGCGUCUCCCUGGCCCCCGGCCACCCCACCCAGACUACGUCCACCACCAGCCUGUGCUGGGAAGGGGACCAUCACCACCACCACCACCACUACCCGCAACACCCCCACCCGCACCCGCACCCGCACCCACACCCACACCUCCACCUCCAGACCCCCGAGGAGGCCCCGUCGCCCCCCGGAGUGCUGCCCUGCGGCCUGGCCCCGCAGAUGUACGACCCGGCCAGCCUGGACUCCCUGCACGAGGACUCCGUCCGAGGCCUGGUCAAGCUCAGCUCCGUCUGAAAGGCGGAAGGCCGGGACUACCAGUACGAGGGAGACGCGUCAGGAGAGACUGUUCUUCCAUGUUAAUAUGUCCAUAUGCGCAGUACAUAAUCGGUUCUUCAGCUUGUGCCUGUGGCCGGUUCAAGCUCAGCUCCGUCUGAAAGGCGGGGAGACAGGACUCGAGCGACACACCUCGAGGGACUGUUCUUCCAUGUUAAUAUGUCCAUAUGCGCAGUACAUAAUCGGUUCUUCAGCUUGUAUGUAUGUUACUUCUUUCUUUAAAAGUCUUUUUCAAGAAUUUGACUUAUGAGAGGCUGUCGGGUCGCAAUAUUUUUAUGGUUUUCAGACUCGAGGAAACAAAGGUAAAAAAUGUGACCAGGUACUAAAUGCAUCUUAGCAGGGUUUGAAAAACACUGCCCGGAAUUAUCCGUCCUUGUGCCAAUCAACCCCCCCUCCUCCAAAAUCAGUAAGGGCUGGACCAGUUGCAAUUUUUGCAGGGAAACUCAGGGAAGCCCUGAGAUUCUUUACCCACCCCCGCUCACCUACCAGUGCCAUUCAGCCCUCACCGCCCUCAAAGACCCCCUCCCCCCCCUCCAAAUCUCUGUCAUCUCCUGGGCGCAGGCUGUGUGUCAAGGAACCUGAUCUGCCCCCAUCCGCCCACUGGCUCUUUGUACUGCCCAGCCUCCGUGCCGAUGCUGCCAACGAUCAAUGGGCGAUACACCGGUGAUGCCAUCGAACAGGAAGCCUUUUUAUGCAUUUCCAGUUCCUGUACAAGCCAUUACGUGUUCCCGGGGAAACUGGGGGAGGGGAAUAAUAAAAUAAAAAUAAUAAAAUAAAGCCAGAAAUGAUUGGCUUUGAAGUACCGGAUGUUUCUAGGCAACCAGAAGGCAGCGUGACAGAUAACCGCUCGACGUGUUUAGAAACAGAUUUUUUUUUUCCUCUCCCCAACGCGUCACAAGCCUGCCUGUGCCGUUUUAUAAAAAUGGACAAAACCGCCUCGUUGAUCGCCGACGGACUGCCUUUUCUAUUUCUAAAACUCGGAACACUGUCGGCAAUGUGGUUGGCACGUACUUCACUGUAUUGUGUUGCGUGUCGUUUUGUAAUGCUCAUAUCCAAAAUUGUGGUGUGCCAUGCCAAGAACUUUUAUUUUAUUUUAUUAUUAUUUCCUUCCAAAUGCAAUAUUUCCUGUGAAUAUUAAUGAAUAAAUUACAACUUUUAUGAAAAGA